AUGGAAGAAUCUGAGCCGAAAAUUGACUACGCGAACGGCGUUGAGACCGGCGUCAGAAUGACAUCACCGGCGGCUUCCUCCGUCGCCACAACAAGUGUCCACGUAAGCGCUCUCGACGGACUCGUGAACGUGAACUCUCUCUUCACAAUCGCCGUCUUCGUAGGUCUCUCGAUAGCGACUCCAGGACAGCACAGCCUCGAGCAGCGAUCCAGCUGCGACGCAAGCGCCGACGUGGCGAAGAAGCUACUGGUCUUCGAAGUCGUCUCCUUCAGCUUCUUCCUCUUCUCUUCCCUCGUAGCUCAGGGUCUCAAACUCGCCCUGAACCUUCUCAACAGCAAAGACGUUGACGAGAUCUUCAGAGCUCACAUCAACAUCAAAGUCUUGAGAUGGGGAAUGAUGGCAUCCGCUGUUGGAUCUGUUAUGGGCUGUCUCUUCUUGAUGCUGUCUAUGGUCAACGUGAUUCAGAUCCGUCUCGGGAUGCUUUCUUGCGGCAGCAAAUCGGCUGCUCAGGCUGUUGCUACGCUCGUGACUCUUGUUUCAUCUGCUCUCUUGGUUUACAUUUCCACUGCCAUUUACGCUUUCUGGCAUUGA